AUGUCUGUUAAAACCAAAACCAUUACUGUCUUGCCUGGUGACCAUGUCGGUACCGAAAUUGUCAAUGAAGCAAUCAAAGUCUUGAAAGCAAUUGAAGCUGCCACUCCCUACCAAAAAAUCCAAUUUGAUUUCAAACACCACUUGAUUGGUGGUGCUGCCAUUGAUGCCACUGGCGUCCCGCUUCCAGAUGAUGCUCUUGAAAGUGCUAAAUCAUCCGAUGCAGUUUUGUUGGGUGCUGUUGGUGGACCCAAAUGGGGUACUGGCACUGUUCGUCCUGAACAAGGAUUAUUGAAAAUCCGUAAAGAAUUGAACCUUUAUGCCAACAUUAGACCAUGUAAUUUUGCCAGUGACUCGUUAUUAGAAUUGUCUCCAUUAAAAGCUGAAGUGGUCAAAGGAACCAAUUUAAUUAUUGUUCGUGAAUUAGUUGGUGGUAUAUAUUUUGGUGAACGUCAAGAACAAGAAGAAAGUGAAGACAAAAAAACAGCUUGGGAUACAGAAAAGUAUACUGUUGACGAAGUUACUCGUAUCACUCGUAUGGCAGCAUUUAUGGCUUUGCAGCACAAUCCACCAUUGCCAAUAUGGUCUUUGGACAAAGCUAAUGUUUUGGCAUCGUCGAGAUUGUGGAGAAAGACCGUUGAUAAAGUGAUUUCUGAAGAAUUUCCAGCUUUGUCUGUGCAGCAUCAAUUGAUUGAUUCGGCUGCAAUGAUUUUGAUCCAAAACCCAACCAAAUUGAACGGUAUCAUCAUUACAUCUAACAUGUUUGGUGAUAUCAUCUCAGAUGAGGCAUCCGUUAUCCCAGGAUCUUUGGGUUUAUUGCCAUCUGCUUCAUUGGCUUCAUUGCCAGAUACCAACACUGCUUUUGGUCUUUAUGAGCCUUGCCAUGGGUCUGCUCCAGAUUUACCAGCCAACAAAGUGAAUCCAAUUGCUACAAUCUUGUCUGCCGCUUCCAUGUUGAGAUUAUCCUUGGAUUGUGUUAAGGAAGCUGAAGCAUUGGAAGAAGCUGUCAAACAGGUUUUGGAUAGCGGUAUCAGAACAGCAGAUUUAAGAGGUACUAGCUCUACUACAGAAGUCGGUGACGCAAUAGCCGAAACAGUCACUAAAAUUUUAAAACAAAAUACAUAA